CCUGCAGCCACCGCGUUCGGCCACUGGAGCCAACGUCAAGCUUCAUUCUGUGUAGCAGUUGUUGACCAGCAGCUCGGAAGGUAUCAAGUUGUGCAGGACGCAUUCAGUCAUUAGCAGGCUCGUGCGACGUUUCAUCGGGAGGAACCUCGUCCUUGCGAUUGGGAACAAGUUGCAAUUCCAGGAAGCAAUUGCAGCUACCGACCCUCGUUUCCCACUAUGGAUUUUCUUUCACUCAAUCUCGAUGUCGUGUACUCCGUCCUUGGGUACAUCCAACCAAUCGACGCGCUUCAGCUCGCAAUGACAUGCCGUGCCGCGCACGAUAUCGCCAUACCUCGCUUUCUAUCCCACGUCGUCCUUGGUCAUGAAUGGUGCAGGGUAAGGCCCGCACAAAUCGCUCAGUUCUGCUCGUAUGUCCUGGCAGAUGGCAAAGUACGCAUCCCAUGUAUCAAGGCUCUCACACUUCACAACACGGCCUUCAUGACUGGCUCCGGCCAGGCCUGCCUUCGGGUCGAGUACGACUAUUCCGCCGCCGUUCUUCUGGCGCAAGUUUUACAGCGAGCCUCGCGGCUUGCACGAAUCGAUGUAUAUCGAGCGGAGCACCUCUUGCAAUCUGCGCCAGAACUAGCCAAUGCACUUCUUGUGCUACCUUCUCUUGAAGAUCUACGAUUACGUGGCGUAGGACCGCAUGCAUUACGUGUGCUCUCAAUGAUGCAGAGCGGCCCUCAAAACCUCGAGCUCGAAUUUGCGAGGUCUGUUAAUGACAAAACGUCCACUAACCACAGGCAAGCUGAGUUCCUGCACAGCUUCACGUCCUCGGUUCUCAGCCUGAGCCUUACACGGCCGUUUCACUUCAUGGAGGAGUUGAAAUCAGAUGUAGUCUGGCCGAAAGUACGGAGGCUUGAAGUGCGAGGUGACAUUUACAGGCUCAGUACGUUGGUCCAAACGUUCCCCAACGUUCGCACCCUGUAUAUUGGAGGCGCGCUCCUCGAAGACAGCGCCACAACGCCAGCUAAAUGGCCCGCCCUUGACUUUGUCUCCAUCUCAAGCCCAGCCCCUCUUUGUUGCGCUGUCCGCCGCUUAGAGCUGCGAUAUGACCUGGAGAUACUGGCGCUUCCUCUCUUCGACAUAUGGAGCUCCGGAACGAUGGCCUUGCUCCGUCAAACAUCGCCUGCCGUGUUGACAUGCUAUACCAACAUGAGGAUGUUGAAGUGGAUCGCAAACAACGUAUCUUCAUUACGCUUCAUGCAGAUUUUUGCACAUGAACCGAUAUAUCCGUCGGGAGCCAACGCGGAAGAUAUCGAGUCCUGGAUUGGGACAAUUGUUUCAUUGCUGGCGGCGCUUCCUUUGGUCGGCAUCACGGUUGCUCGCAGCACCACUGAUGCCGGUAGAGAACACGCCGUGCAGAAACUGGCAGCUAUUGUUGCUGCUGAGAUCAAAACGCUCCAAUACGUCGGUUUGAAUCUCACCACAAGCUACCAUUCCUGGGCAAACUAUCACUUUGUCUGGUUCAAAGUGGUCUCGCGUUCUGGGGAUACACCGCAUCUGAAGCGGCUAACGGACUGGCACGGCGAUACUGUUGAGCGACAACUGCUGGCUACUCCUCGCGAAAUCAUUUGAGGAAGUGCCUUGUGAGCUGCAAUCACGGCUUAUCAUACUCUACGACGUCCAUCAGGCGACUUUGAUUGCAACUCUGUGCUGUCUGUUGUGCUUGUCAUGCUUCGUCCACACUCGUUCCCUUACUCGGACUUUCGUCUCAUGCUCUCUUCCGCUAUCGCUGUUGCUCUUGCUCUCGGACUCGCUUCUCACCAUGUAUCCUUGUCAACGCCUGUAGUAUAGCUCAAGUUUUGUUGUAACGUACGAUCUCACGGACAUUCGCUAUUGUAUGUGCGAUAGUUAUAUAUUCUAAAAUGCUCUUCUGGCACCGUCAUAGUUCGCCAUCAAGAAGUGCCCCAUC